UUCAUUCAACAAUAUCUACAACAAUGACGACAAAACAUAUAAACUUGUUCGUGCAUUUGGCUCUGCUCAUGACAACUGCAUAUUGUCUUGAAGUCAUCGGAAACAAGCAAUAUAAAGAAAUUUAUCCAAUGUGGAAACGACAGAUGAGAGAACCACUACGUUUCGGAAAACGCCAAGAAGACAAAACAAACUACUUUAAAAACAGUAACGAAAAUGCAAACGAUGCGUUUCUAGACAACGGAAUCUCUUUUCAAAAAUAA